AUGAAGGACAACAUCGAGGCAGCCCCGGAGGCACGAGACUCCGUCAUGGAGGAGAAGGGAGUCCUGAAGGGUCAAGUUGCCGAUGAAGGAUACGAAAUCUUCGAAGAAGGCAUUUCGCAAUCUGUGCCACAAGAUGUCGCUGAUCGAGUGAGACGCAAGAUCGACAUGCAUCUUCUGGUCCUCAUGUGUGCCCUCUACGGUCUCAACUACGUCGACAAAGUGGCCAUAGGAUGGGCAGUUCUGUUUGAUUUCCGCAAAGAUCUCGGUCUCGUCGGCGACGAAUAUUCUUGGGCCAGCUCCAUGUUUUACUUCGGGUAUCUAGUCGCACAAUAUCCGGCGAACUACUUGCUCCAGCGCUGCAAGACUGUCCAGAUCCUUUCUGGUGCAGUAAUUGCCUGGGGAAUUCUGAUGCUAGCCCAUCUGGGACUUCGAAAUUUCGCUGGCCUGAUGAUCGUCCGUUUUCUCCUUGGAGUCACGGAAAGCGUGGUGACCCCAGGCUUCGUUCUUUACACAUCCAUUUGGUACACCAGAAAGGAACAGGUUCUUCGGACAAUGUUAUGGGCAGCCAUGCAAGGUGCCUUCUCUAUCGUCUGCAGUCUGCUGUCUUAUGGGCUAGGUCACAUCACCAACACAGCCCUCAAGCCGUGGAUGUACAUCUUCCUCGUGCUUGGAAUUCUGAGCAUUCUUGUGGGCGUUCUUUGGCUUCUGCUGAUGCCAGAAACCCCUAACAAGGCCCGUUUCCUCACGCACGAAGAGCAGGUCAUUGCUGUUCAACGCGUUGCGCAGAACAUGACGGGCAUCAAGGGCUACGAGUGGAAGUACUACCAGAUGUGGCACGUCCUGAUCGACGUCAAGACUUGGUUGAUCUUGGCAUUCGUCCUCUUCACCCAGCUCCCCAACGGUGGACUAACCUCCUUCGGAAGUCUCGUCAUAUCUGGCUUCGGAUUUGAUUCUUUCAGAACGCUUCUGAUUGGUCUACCGUCGUCGGUAGUCAGUGCAGGCAGCAUGAUCGUCUGGGGAACAAUCUCGAUCAAGUACGGUAAUCUUCGGACUUGGGGUAUGAUAGUUCCUCUGCUUCCCGCUAUUGCGGGUAUCGCUGCAGUAUAUGGAACCAUGAACACCGGUGCGAACAAGUAUGGUCGAGUGGUUGCCUACUGGUUGAUCAACUCCUACGCGGUUACGUGGCCGUUCAUUCUGACAAUUGUCGGUCAGAACAUUGCCGGCCACACGAAGCGUGCAUUUACCAAUACCUUGCUCCUGAUGAUCUUCGCCGCUGGCAAUAUUGCAGGGCCUUUCUUCUUCCGAAGCCAAGACGCACCGAAAUAUGUGCUUGCUAUAGCCAUAAUUCUAGUGUGUUUUUGUGCCGCGCUCUUGACUGCCGUCGUGCUCCGGCUAUACAUGGCAUGGGAGAAUAAGCGCCGGGAUAGGAAGUUUGGCGCCGUUGAUGGUGCUCAGAAGGUGGACGGAGUGAGACUUGGAAUGCACGACAAGACGGAUUUGGAGAACCCGGACUUCAGAUACGUGCUUUAG